UAUAAUUUUCUGCCUUCCUCAAUCCACACUUCAAUUUUUGCUCGCAUUCAGUCAUGCAUAUAUAAGGCUGAGUUCGCACAUUCUGCAGUGUUCCUCUGUUAGUAUGCGUGUAUCUCCAUGAUUAGCUGUCAAUAGAUAUAGAAAAGGGUUAUUGGAUAUUCACUGGCACCUUCUGUAAACACUUUUGCAGUUAUAUACUAUGACUUAUCCGUGAAAGGUUUAAUCUUAGUGUGAUUCAAGUUAUUGUACAAGCUGUAAGUUUCUAUAAAGGUGUGUAACUAUAGUCACAUAGUCAUAUUUCGCUACUCUAGUAUGUUUCAACGGCCAAUCUCGAUUUUACAACUUCGAGAUUUAUUGAUUUUAGUCUCAACAGUAAAUGUUUAAUAAAAUUAGCUUCUGGAUGAACAAUUUAGGUAUUUUGCGUCAUUGAUUUGAAAAGUGUAAAUCAACGAUAUUACUGUGGCAAAUAUCCGUAAAAACACAACAACUUUGUUCGUGAGUUUUUAAUAAGAUGGCUGUGAAUACUGGAGAUGUCGAUUCACUUCCUAAAUCUAAAAAACCAUCUGACAGUGCCUUUAAACAGCAACGUUUACCUGCUUGGCAGCCAAUAUUAACUGCUGGAACUGUGUUACCUACAUUUUUUGUAAUAGGUAUUGCUUUUAUCCCUGUUGGUGUUGGGUUAUUAUACUUUUCCGAUGAGGUGCAAGAAAAAAUAAUUGACUACACUUUCUGCACCUCUACACAUGAUCCAUUGAAAAGAUGCACAGACUAUAUUAGCGAAAAUCCAGGGUCAGAAUGUCAUUGUAGUAUCAAUUUUACAUUACCUACAGACUACAAUGGAAAAGUUUACAUGUAUUAUGGUUUAACCAAUUUUUAUCAAAAUCAUCGUCGUUAUGUCAAAUCGCGGGAUGACAAUCAACUCCUUGGUCAACUGAGUCCAUUGGUAUCAAGUGAUUGUGAACCUUUUGCUAGCAUCGAUAAGAAUGGUACAUUAGUACCAAUAGCACCUUGUGGAGCAAUAGCUAACUCUUUGUUCAAUGAUGAAUUAACAAUAUUUUCACAUAAACAUAAUAAAGAAGUUCCUCUAAAAAAAACUGGAAUUGCUUGGCCAACUGAUAAAGAAAUAAAGUUUAAAAAUCCAGAAGGCAGCAAUUUAAAAGAAGCAUUUAAAGAUUAUGAAAAGCCUAAGAAUUGGAAAAAGCAUGUUUGGGAACUAGAUACUGAUGAUCCUGAUAACAAUGGAUUCAAAAAUGAAGAUCUUAUUGUUUGGAUGAGAACUGCAGCUUUACCUACUUUUAGAAAAUUAUAUAGACGAGUGGAUCAUGAACAACCAAUGUUUAUUAAUGGUUUACUUGCAGGAUUAUAUACAUUGAACAUUAAAUAUUCCUAUCAAGUUUCUGCUUUUGAAGGAACAAAAAGAAUGAUUUUGAGCACAACAUCUCUCCUUGGAGGAAAAAAUCCUUUCUUAGGUUAUGCUUACAUAGUAGUUGGAUGUGUUUGUUUAUUAUUGGGAAUAGCUCUUUUGAUAAUUCAUAUCAAAUGUUCUAAAAGCAAACUUAUCUAAAAUGGACCAAAGAGGACUAUGAAAUGUCCUUCACAAAUGAUAUGAUCAAUGUCAACCAAAACACACCGUAUCAAUGAGUACUCAAGAGAGCAAGCAUAUUUACGAUUGAUGUCAAAUUUUAUCUCGAACGGAUCUUCACUGUGAUGCACCGAUGUUGAACAAGUCUAGAAAAAUUUUAUUUGCAUGAUAGAUGAUUUAUCACAUUUUUGGUUUUCUUUUAGAAAACGUUGACGAUCUUCGUUAACUUAUUCAACUGGUCAAACAAUUAUUUAUGUUACAUAUAAUGAUUAUUUUUAUAAAUAAUAGUAGAUUAAUAAUAUGUUAAAUAAUCAACAAUUUUAAGUGUUUCAAUAUCUAUGUGUACAAAUAUUAGAAUAAGACAGAAAAGUUUCUGUAUACACAAUAUUAUUAACGAAAACAUAUUUGUUUCAAAAAGAAUAACUUCUAGUCUUAUGAAGCUUAAGAGCUUGAAGAUAAUGUAUUUUAAUCUCCAAUUUUCGAACAACUUUCUGUGCAAGACAUUUACAUUAAUUUUUCUUUAAAUCGAAUUGUAUACUAUUUAUAGUAAAAAGUUUUUCAUGGUUUUCAAGUACACAAUAAUCUGCAAAGAAACCGAUAAACGACGCAUAAAAUCACACAUACUUUCUACGUACCUACGUUUUUUUCAUCAACGAAAUAAAACAAAGUUGACUUACUAAAUCAUAGUAUUGUAUGAUCUCUUUCGUUUUUCGAGUCUGAAAAAGAUUUGAUUUAAUAAAAAUAAAAUGCACUAUUUAUA